AUGUCUGGCCUAACUGCCAUCUCGUCCGCCUUGCCUGCCUCGCACACGGCUCUCGUGCCGCAUGCUAUCCCCAAGGCCGUAGCAUUCGAACCCAUCGCCAGCGUUGAGCUCCACUGCAGCGAGCAGCCGAGCCGCGCUUGGCAGAGCAGGGGCCACAAGAUCGUCAACUUCCCCGCAGGCCGCGACAUCCUCAUCAAGCGAGGAAGCAAGCCCGACCCUCCCCACUCGAUCAUCAACGAAUUCGAUCAGGUCCGCCGCUUCCCCUCCAAGGUCAUCUCCAAGGAGCAUGCCUGCAUCACCUGGCGCACCGGACCCGACGGCGCAAAGAGGCCCUACCUGCUCGACCUCGCCUCCACUCACGGUACCAUUGUCGAGCGCAGGGCGGCAGUCUACGACGCUCGCAGGAAGCGCUGGACACCGGGCUCGGGCAUCGUGUCCUGCAAGGUGCCCCAGCACCGACCCUUUGAGCUGCAGGAGGGUGACUGCGUCACCUUUGGUAAAAAGGUCGAGAGCGCCGGCGAAAGCUUUUGGCCCGUCAUUGGCUACGUCCACCUUCGCCUGGACAAGGAAGCUGCGGGUGGCAAGGACGAGGACGUCCUCUUCAUUGGAUCUAGACCGGCAUCGCUGAGCGGUCGCUUCAGCCUAAACGCGAUCGACGUUGACUCGCUCAGCGAAGGUGGCCACGACGACAGCGGCGUCGAGCUCUCCGAGACGGAACCGCAGAAGCCGGAGAAGCGGGACGAGGCGCCUCUGUCGGCCGCAGCGGCCAAGCACCACCAUGCAGAUGAGGACGCUACCACGCGCGACCUCACCGAGCCGAAGGCGGUCCCGGCAGAGGGACUCGAGCAGACGAGCUCAGCUGCCAUCGACCAGCAGCAGUCCCCUCUCCCUGCCAACAAAGAUGUUGCCCCCUCGGCAAGUGCGAAGGAAGACAGGAAGGCACCAUCGCUCGACGCGAUCGCAGGCUCCACUCGCGAGGAACCGCGCCACGAGGACUCUGAGCACCAGGACGAGGAUCGUCGUGGCGACGCCGCAAGAGGCGACGACGAAGACGCGUGCCUUUGCAAGAUUUGCCGAGCCACUGCCAGCACCAAGAGCGGUCAGGUCGAGAUGGAGCGCUGCGAGCUUGAUCCCGAAGCUUCAGACUUGGAAGAGGGCGGCGACAUGAGCGCUGGUGCCGAGAAGACGAGCGAGGUGGACCGAGCCGCCAACGGCCUCGACGCGCUCGUGCAGGGUCGUGAUGCAAGUGAGGAACCUCGCCCAGAGAAGCGCGAUGAGAUCCAGGACGAGGACGAGGAGAUGGCAAGCGUGGAGAUUGAGCACCACUACGGAGACGAAGACAAGAGCGGAGAGAGCGAAGAGGACACGAGCGAGGACGAAGACGAAGACGAGGAUGAGAACGAGGGCGAGGAUAACGAGGAGGUGGGCGAUUCGGAGGGCGAGGAGACGUUGGGCUUCGACCAUCCGGUGUCGGACGAUGUCGAGGGGGGCUCUCAGGAUGGCGAGGGCGACAUGGACGCGUCCGGCGAGGCGCACCUCGACAACGAUCAUCGCGACAUGGAGACUGCCGUCGUCGAGACCUGCGACGACGAGGACUGCGACGACGAGGAGCUCGAUGAGGAGGACCUCGACGAAGAGGAUUACGGCGACGAAGAGAUCGACGAGGACGAAUACGAUGACGAGGACCUCGAGGACGACUUUGAAGACGACUACAGCCAGGACGGCUCGGACGGGCAGAUUGACGGAGAAGUCGAGGCCGACAAUGCGGCCGCUGUUGUCAAGCCUGGUGGCGAUCGCGAGGGCAAUCCGGCUGCAAACGCUGCAGAGGCCGGCGCGAUGGCGCACGCCCAUGCGCUGUUCGAGCCGAAGGACGACGACGCUGCCUGCAGCAAGGAAUCUGCAGCGAAGGCGAACGACGCUAAGCCGAUCGUUGAGGUCGUCGUCGAGGUCGAGAAGCACCGUACUCGACCUGCCGCGUUCUCACGCCAGACGCAGACCGAAGCUCACGAGGGCGACGCCUCGGUGGCCAUGCCCAGGGUCAUUGCUUCUAACAAGAGGAUCCGCGACGUCGCAAGCAGCGGAGCCACGGUUACAACCGUGGUUGCCAAGGCAGCGUCGGGCGACGAGCCGACAAAGGAACAAGCGGCCGCCGUCCAGGUGGAAGCAUCGAUUGCCACCGCGGAAGCCGAGGAGCAGCCCGCCGGCAGCAAGGCCGGAGUCGGAUCAGCCGCGCAAAUCGCAGUCGAGACGCCUUCCGCCUCCUCCGCCCCCGACACGGCCGAGUCCGUUGUUCCUGUCCCCGUCCCCGUCUCCGUCGCUGUAAUGGACGUGGGACAGUCGGUGGCGGCGGCGUCCGACCAGGUGGUCACGACCGCUGAUGCUCCGCACAAGAAGCGUCGAACCGCCGAGGACACCGCUCUGCCCAUCCACUUGGCCGAGCCGGUCAGCGACGCGCGCGGCUGGCGCCACUCGCUCAAGCUCAUGGCAGUCGGCGCAGUUGCUGGCGGCGUGGGCGUCAUGGCUGGCCUCGUCUCGAUCGGCCGCAGCGCCCAGUGA